GCGGAGUACGUGAAGUCCCGGCUGCCCGAGGUGCUGAAGCAGCAUCUGCAGGACUACGAGCGGGACAAGGAGAACAGCGUGCUCUCCUACCAGACCAUCCUGGAGCAGCAGAUCCUAUCAAUUGAUCGGGAAAUGCUGGAAAAAUUGACUGUCUCCUAUGAUGAAGCAGGGACRACGUGUCUGAUUGCGCUGCUCUCAGACAAAGAGCUCACGGUGGCCAACGUUGGCGACUCGCGGGGAGUCCUGUGCGACAAGGACGGGAACGCCAUCCCCUUGUCCCACGACCACAAGCCCUACCAGCUCAAGGAGAGGAAGAGGAUUAAAAGGGCUGGUGGCUUCAUCAGCUUUAAUGGCUCCUGGCGCGUUCAGGGGAUCCUGGCCAUGUCCCGCUCACUGGGAGACUACCCUCUGAAGAACCUCAACGUGGUCAUUCCUGAUCCUGAUAUUCUUUCCUUUGACCUGGACAAGCUGCAGCCGGAGUUCAUGAUCCUGGCCUCUGAUGGGCUCUGGGAUGCUUUCAGCAAUGAGGAGGCUGUCCGGUUCAUCAAGGAACGCUUGGAUGAGCCGCACUUUGGUGCCAAGAGCAUCGUUCUACAAUCAUUUUACAGAGGAUGCCCUGAUAAUAUAACAGUUAUGGUGGUGAAGUUCAGGAAUAGCAGCAAAACAGAAGAACAGUAAUUCCCAGUGGUUCUCUGCCUCACUCUGAACUUAAAACAAACUUCUAUUUUAAACAUAGUAGAAGGCUCUAGUAAAUACCAUUAAGAUUUUACACAAAAGCAACAGAUCCCUCUGGUCUUUUUUUUUUCUUCUUCUUUUUUUGCUUAUCAAAAGGAGCAAUACAACAAAUACAUUUUGAGUGAUUAUAAGAAUUAAGUUUAUUCACAUGUACCUGUCUUCUGUGACCUUGCGGCUCCUUCGGAAGUAACUGUAAUGUUUUAUUUCAAGCAUUUUUUCAAAUCCUGUGUAGAUUUUUGCCUUGAUUUCUUACCUCCUAUUUGCAAGAGUCAAAGGGUUCAUUCGGAUGCACGGCAGGGUUAGGGCAGCACUGCUGCCUAACAGCAAGUGCUAGGAAUGAUGCUGCUUUUCACCCAUAGAUUUAACUGUUGAAAGAUGCUCCACAGUCUCUCRUCUUACUCUUUUUAAUCAGCAGUGAUAGGUUGUAUUGGAAAAGGUUUGCGAUUAUUGGCCUGUCAUGGAUAUAAGGGAAGAGAAGGAGCCAAACAGCAGUGUGACCCCGCGGAGCUGGCUCUCCUCGCUUUGUUUUAUUCCCCCUUGCAUUAGACAGAACCUUGCAAAGCGUGUGAUUAGGGACAGGGAAUGAAUACCUGAAACCGCAUGUUUGUUCAGACUGUGCGCUACUUUCAAAACAUUUUGUCAACCCCAUGUUAUAGUCAAGCUAAUUAACACAGCAAACUAAUCAGCAAAAUACUGAUGCCUCUGUAUCAGAAAACUAGUUCUGUCAUGACAGAAGAAAGUCAUUCACCAARAGUCAGUUUUUUAGCAUGGAAUUGUCAUAGGCAUGUGAAGAAAAUAACGCAAGGUAAAUUUUAUUUCUUUAGUGACUGCUUAGAAAACUAAGCAAAGCAAAGCAUUCCUUAGAGCUACUAGAGGGAAUUUGCCUACUAGAGAUUUCAUAGUACCACUGCAGAUUCUUUGUAGUGUUAACCUAGGAGAAGACCACUUUAGAGCAGUUUUUUGGCAUAAUGUGUAAAUGCUAGGCAGURUAAUUGCACUGCAGAGAAGAGAGAUUGUGUUAAGUCUAGGUAAAUAUAUUUUUAGGUCUAACUUUCAAUAUUUAAUUGUAUUUUGGAACCUGUGACUACUGUAAGYUUGAACAAUGACCUUGUAAAUUUGGUCUACGUGGCUGCUUGGCGAUGGAGCUGCUGCAGUAGCAGGGACAGGGCYGCGCCGGCCGGCAGGGCUGGCUUGGCUGGCUCGCUGGCCUCCACCGUGGCUCAUAACAACAUCGUCCUCUGGGAUUCCCUCCCCACACAACUUGGUCCUGCAAGAUCCGCUGAAGUCUCUCAUCUUGAAGUGAUGGAGGUUCUUGGUAUUUGAGUCCAGAGCUGAAUCAGAGAGAAUAGAGUAACUAACAUUGCCUGUUUCUUGGAUAAGGAUACAAGAUUACUUGUAAUUACUUUUCUUGUUGCCACAGCCAUAGCAGUUUCUGGUGGGACGGCUUGUUUGUCUCUAAAAUAUUGUGAUGUUGUGGUUGUUGAGCUGGCAAGGUGUUUCUCAAGACAGGUGUGAACACAAAUCCAGCUUUCACUUGUUGGAGGGCAUGCCCACGUUCAUUUGUGUUUCUAGGUUAUCUCGUUCCCUUCUCUUGUUUGUUCUGGGAUAAUCACAGAUUGUACCUGGUUAUGUUGCUCCUGCCAGGGCUGCCCAGCCUGUAAACAGAUGCUUUUCUCAUUCCAGACUCUUGGUCUGGAAUUCCCUUAACUUCUCUAAUAUGCAGGGUGCACCAGUGCAGUACAGAAUGGUAGGAGUGUCCAGAACUCUCUGAAACCCAGAGCUGUACUGAGCUGUACUUACUGUUGCUGUACUUACCUGGAAGGUGGAAGGUUUGGGACUUCUAAAAUGACUUGAACGGGGGCAAACUGUGGUCAGAGAAUUGUAAACACAGCUUUGCAGGGAAAUCGAGCACGUAACCGAAAAUGUUAAUGAGGGCAGCCUAGUGCUAGUGUUUUACUUUGAAGUUUUAAAGUAUUUGAGGUYAGAAUGCUGUGGAAUGGAGACCUUGUGUGCAGUUUUCAUGGGAGUGCUUAAUCAUGUCCGGGAUAGUGCUGGAGCAGCACUAUGUGAGCUGUGCUCCMGGCAGGGCUCGCCGAGCGUUUGCCUUUGCUUUCUCCUUCACAGCUSAUGUUUCAGCAGUGCCGCCUUUGCCUUGUAGGACACAGCCCRGGUCGUUGUCAGAACAGCUGCCCAGGGAACAGAAGAAUUAGCCCUAGGAGCCURCAGAGCCCUAAAGCACAGAGGAGCUGGUAGAGCAGGAGGGAUGGAGCCAACCCUUCACACGUGCAKGAGGAGCUGGAACUGGAGCAGUGGUCAACCCCAAAAGAGAUCACAAACCAAGGCCACUUGUGUGAACAAAUGAUAGAAACCUCUGAGCUUGUGUGCAGCUCGCUUUCCCCAGCAAGCACUGUUCAUUUUGCCUUUGUCUCRUUCUUCAUAGUAGCUCCCCUUCUUGGCCAAAGACAUUCAUGCCAAUGAUCUCUGGUAAGGCUGCUGACUUUUGUUUUUAUUAUUUUAAAAAAUUCGUUGCAGUUACCCUAGGGUUUAUCAUGGCAAUGGCUAAUGGAGAUUACAGAUUUUGGUUAAUCUUCCUUGAACAUGCCCAGUGCCUACCUAGCCUCCGGUUACAAGCAUUCUAGUACAUCUUCUAGACCUCCAUAACUAAAACUCUCCAGUCGUGCUUAGUUGUGCCAAAUUCUGCAGAGAUACGUAGAGCUGCUGGAUGACAAGAUUAAGGAGAUGUAUGUGUAGCUUAUGUAACCUACAAGAGCUACAGUCUGAUCCUCCACUGCCUUAAUAUUAAAUCGUACAUCUGGAAAGAGCUGCCAGACACUGUAACCAGACAGCCCCGCGUCUGCUCAGCCCGCCAGGACGGGUGAGGCUCCCUGCGUGCCAUCCU